AAAUACUGCUUCACAUAGCUUGACAACUCUUGGACAAAAAAUUGCACAAGCAAAAGAAAAUCGGAAAUAACCAAAGGAUAUCGAACAUAAACAUAUUUCAAAGACGAUCAUGCAGCGCAUAAGAUUGAUGCUAAACCAUGCUGCAGCAGCAGCGAUUCAGCAGCAACACCUGCGUCGUUUGUCCAUCAACUGGAAUUUGGCCCAGAAUCAAAAGCCGGUGGGUGGAAGCCCAGGAGAAAGUAGAACCAGAGACACCCGGAGUCCGAAGGCAAGUGUCCAGAAAAUCACCCUUAUCCAACAGAAUCAGUCGAUGAGCAUCACCACGUUGGAGGAGGCCCAGAAGCUGGCCAAACGACGGGAGCUGCACCUGUUGCGCUUGGAGCAAGCAGAUGCCAAAACGGGAAGGGCCAUGUUCAAACUAGUCACUGCAGCUGAAAUGCUGUCGGAUGAUGCGGAGCAGUCGAGAUCAGCCAGCGAAAAAGUUAGGGAAAAGAAAACGGAGAAAUCCCUAACCAUUGGUGCGCGCAUCACGGAGCACGAUCUCUCCUCCAGACUCAAGAAUAUUGUCAAGUGGCUGGCCAAGCGCCACGAGGUUCGCAUCCUCAUACAGGGCAAUGCCAGUGGAGCAGACGAGAGCAGCGCCGAGCGCAUAGUAAAGGCCAUCGAACAGACCAUUAAGGAACCACAAUUAAUUGGCAAAAUAGUGCAGAGGCGCAGCAAGAGCGCGUUCAUCAAGUUCACCAUUAUUCCAGUAGCUCCGCCACCAGUAGCCCCAUCCACAUCCAAUCCCAACCCAAUCCAGUCGUGACAACUACCGCUGCUGCCUUGGGUGCUCAGGGAUCAGCACACUGUGUCGGCGAGCAAACCAAAUUUCGGCCUUAGAAUAUCAACCCGCCAAUUCUCGGAGAGAGUAAAAGAGGAACGCGAGAGGCCCGUCGAGAUCAGUGCCGCAUCCAUUGUCACCACUUCGGCACUGCUUCUGUUAUUUUUUUUUAAAUACUUCUACUGGCAUCAGUAUUUGGUGAAACUAUUGGAGAAACGAGAGCAAGAAGACCGACUUAAGAAACGGAAAAGAAAGGAUGAUGUUCUUUCCGUCUACCGUGAUCACAAGCUACAAGAAUGUAAAAGCGAAUAAUAUUAAUAUUAAACUGUUAACAGUUACUAACUGUCAUUUUGCCCUUCACUAUACCAUUUUUAUAAAUUACUCGCCAUGAAAAU